CAUACGCAGUGGUUCAUUUUACGACAGCAGCGGGUCGUCAUGUCGCAGUCUUUGUUCAACAAACUCCAAUCUGGUCUCAAUUACCUGGAUGGGGCUUUCAAGGAGACCAUGGAGGGCGAAGAGGAGGCGACCGAGGAGAUGCUGCUAGAGCAGCGACGACAGCGCCAACUUCGCAUGACCGCAGUCCAACAGCAAGCCGCCUUUGGGAGUGCCCUGUACCCCUCGGACUCGGGGACUCAGGAGAGCGGCUUUCCUCCGGGGAUGGUGGCGCGGGAAGAAGAUGCGGCCACGGGAAAGGGGAAUGAGAUCCCCGUCAAGGAGGAGAAAGGUCAUGAACAUUUGGCAGGUACUGCACGGAAGCCCGCCCCGCCAGCACCUUCGAGACGCUCGCCUCCUCCUCCCCACCCCGGCGUCCACAUUCGAAGGGAGGGGGGAAGCGCGGAGGAAGAGGUUGCCGAGACCCCUGCCUGCUUGCUGGGCAUGUCCUCUCCGUUAGCGGCGGGGCCCCUGGUCCGGGAAAGCGAGGUACAUCACGCGUCCCUGAAACGCUCCCCGUCCUCGAGUCCUCCGCGCGGGCACGUGCGGGAGGAAGAUAAUGGACUCCCCAGUUUAGCCCUCGGAAGCAGUGCCUACGAUGGUCUCAGCGGAGCUUUGGCAGAGAACGAGGAAGAGGGGGAGGGCAGGUAA